UUCUUAUCAAAUGUCGAAAUACGUGUCGCUCUCUUCUCUCAGAGAAAAUCAACAUUUUCUUCAGUCUCCUCUGCAUCUUGCUCCAUUUGCGUUCAAACUUCAAAGUCAUAACAGAAUUCAAUUCCUAAGCCAAAUUUCCUCUCUCUCUCUCUUACAUACACACACGCACUCAGUUUCUGUUUGUUUUCAGUUAAUCUGGGUGUAAUUCUGUACUAGAAAUCGAAAAUGAUGGCGGAGGAUCUCGGCAUCGAAGCGAAAGAAACCGCCGUGCGUGAGGUGGCGAAACUGUUACCGCUUCCAGAGCUUCUUCAAUCUAUUGCUUCUAUCAAAGCCGAUUACAUCGCUCGCCAACAAGCUAAUGAUGCGCAACUUAGUACAAUGGUAGCAGAGCAGGUGGAACAAGCACAAUCUGGAUUGGAAUCGUUGUCCUUGUCUCAGAAGACGAUCAGUCAGCUACGAGAGAACUUCAUUUCUAUUGAAAAGUUAUGUCAAGAAUGUCAAACUUUGAUUGAGAAUCAUGAUCAGAUAAAGCUACUUAGCAAUGCAAGGAAUAAUCUUAAUACUACGCUGAAGGAUGUUGAAGGUAUGUUGUCAAUAUCUGUUGAAGCAGCAGAGGCACGAGAUUCAUUGAGUGAUGAUAGAGAAAUUGUUAAUACUUAUGAGAGGUUAACUGCACUUGAUGGGAAGCGAAGGUUUGCGUUAGCAGCUGCUGGAUCUCACAAAGAGGAGGUUGGCAGAUUAAGAGAAUAUUUUGAAGAUGUAGAUCAGACAUGGGAAACCUUUGAAAAGACUUUAUGGGGACACGUUUCCAACUUCUUUAAGCUUUCUAAAGAAAGCCCACAAACGCUGGUUCGUGCUUUAAGGGUUGUGGAAAUGCAAGAAAUUCUUGAUGAACAAGUUGCUGAGGAGGCAGCUGAGGCUGAGGGAGGUGGUGCAAUGGCAACAGUUGCAAAUCCUCGCAGAUCUGCCAAAAAAUCUACCACCACAGCAGUUUCUUCCAAAAACCCCAUGCAACAGAAGUUGAAGAUUCAGGGUAAAGGGUUUAAGGAUAAGUGUUACGAGAGUAUAAGAAAGGCAGUUGAAGGACGGUUUAACAAGCUACUGACAGAGCUUGUAUUUGAAAACCUCAAAGCUGCCUUGGAAGAAGCACGAACAAUUGGUGAAGAGCUUGGUGAUAUUUAUGACUAUGUGGCCCCAUGUUUUCCCCCACGAUAUGAAAUAUUCCAACUCAUGGUAAACCUUUAUACAGAGAGGUUUACUCAGAUGCUCAGAUUGUUGAGCGACAGGGCAAACGAGUUAUCAAAUAUAGAGAUUUUAAAGGUAACUGGUUGGGUAGUUGAAUAUCAAGAUAAUUUGGUUGGACUUGGUGUUGAUGAGUCACUUGCUCAAGUUUGUUCUGAGAGUGGAGCCAUGGAUCCCCUCAUGAAUUCAUAUGUUGAGAGAAUGCAAGCUACAACAAGGAAAUGGUACUUGAAUAUCCUAGAAGCUGAUAAGGUACAGCCACCAAAGAAAACAGAUGAUGGAAAGCUAUAUACUCCAGCUGCUGUUGAUCUGUUUAGGAUCCUUGGGGAGCAAGUUCAGAUUGUUAGGGAUAAUAGCACAGAUGUCAUGCUAUACAGGAUCUCGUUGGCUAUAAUUCAGGUGAUGAUAGAUUUUCAAGCUGCUGAAAGGAAGAGGCUUGAGGAACCUGCUUCAGAAAUUGGUCUGGAACCUUUAUGCGCAAUGAUAAAUAACAAUCUGCGCUGCUAUGACCUUGCAAUGGAGUUGAGUAACAGCACCAUGGAAGCCCUACCACAAAACUAUGCUGAGCAGGUUAACUUUGAAGAUACUUGCAAAGGUUUCCUAGAGGUUGCAAAGGAAGCUGUGCAUCAAACUGUUAGGGUUAUCUUUGAAGAUCCUGGUGUGCAGGAGUUAAUUGUCAAGCUUUAUCAUAAAGAGUGGUCUGAAGGACAGGUCACGGAGUACCUAGUUGCUACAUUUGGUGAUUAUUUUACAGAUGUAAAGAUGUAUAUUGAAGAAAGAUCAUUUAGGAGGUUUGUUGAAGCUUGUCUUGAGGAAACAAUGGUGGUUUACGUUGAUCACCUUCUGACUCAGAGAAACUACAUAAAGGAAGAGACAAUAGAACGGAUGAGGCUAGAUGAAGAGGUUAUUAUGGACUUCUUCAGGGAGUAUAUCACCGUGUCCAAAGUAGAAAGUAGAGUCCGUAUACUGAGUGAUUUGAGAGAACUUGCUUCAGCAGAGAGUCUGGAUUCCUUCACACUCAUCUAUACAAAUAUUCUCGAACAUCAACCCGACUGCCCACCUGAAGUUGUUGAAAAGCUUGUUGGACUGCGAGAAGGCAUACCACGGAAGGAUGCGAAAGAGGUUAUGCAAGAGUGCAAAGAGAUCUAUGAGAAUUCACUUGUUGAUGGAAACCCCGCAAAGGCUGGUUUUCUUUUUCCGAAGGUGAAGUGUUUGACAGCUUCCAAAGGAUCUCUCUGGCGAAAGCUCACUUAGAUAAAGUGCCGUCCUGGACCCAGAAAAAAAGAAGGAAGUUGCUGUAAAGUCAAUCAUUUGUAAUCGUCCAUUGUAAUGACCUGGUGUCUUCAUUUUUAUUGAUGAUGACCAAUUUUGACCGUGUAUAUCCGUCUCCUAUAUGUAUACUACUUGAUCUACGCGAUGUUGUGUUGCUUAUGUAGACUAUUUUAAU